AUGUCAGAAGAACACAAGGAAGAAGCCGUAGCAAUCUCCAAACCAGAAGAAGUAGCCGAAGAAGAAAAAGUUUCUGAAUCCAAGGAAGAAGCUACUGGUGAAGAUACUAAGAAACGUGCUGCUACUGAACCAGAACUGGAAUCUGGCGAUAAAUCAAGCAAGAAAAAGAAGAGAAGAAGAAGACAAUAUGAAGAUGAUGUUCCUCCAGAAUCUGCCGAGAAGGAGCAAGGCGAGGAAGAUGACGAAGAGGAAGAAGAUGGUGAUUAUGAUGAUGAUAAAUUAGCAGAAGAUGAAGAAGAAGAUGAUUUAUUAGAGAUUGAUGAGUCUAAUAUUAUUACUACUGGUCGUAGAACUAGAGGUAAAGUCAUUGAUUUUGCCGAAGCUGCUAAAAAAUUGGAUAGAGAACAAGGUGUUCUUAAUGAAGAAGAUGAAGACGAAGAGGAGGAAGAAGAAUUUAAGGAAGCAACCAAAUAG